AUGGCGGCGGGGACGGGCAAGCACAAGCUGUUGAGCGCCGGCCCCACGGAGCCGUGGUCCAUCCGCGAGAAGCUCUGCCUGGCCUCCUCCGUCAUGCGCAGCGGGGACCAGAACUGGGUCUCAGUCAGCAGAGCUAUCAAACCUUUUGCAGAGCCAGGACGCCCACCUGACUGGUUUUCCCAGAAGCACUGUGCAUCUCAGUAUUCAGAGCUCUUGGAGACUACAGAGACCCCUAAGAGAAAACGUGGUGAGAAGGGAGAGGUUGUGGAAACUGUGGAAGAUGUUAUUGUGAGGAAACUGACUGCAGAACGAGUGGAGGAGUUGAAGAAAAUGAUUAAAGAAACACAGGAGAAAUACAGGCAACUCAAGAAGGAUGCAGAGCUGAUCCAGGCUGGGCAUAUGGAUAACAGACUGGAGGAGCUGUGCAAUGAGAUUAUGAUAAAGAAAAAAAUGGAGGAGGAGGAGGCAGAAGUCAAGAGAAAAGCCACAGAUGCUGCUUAUCAGGCUCGUCAGGCGAUUAAGAACCCACCACGGCGGUUAACGGGCGUGAUGGUUCGCUCCCCUGCAGGUUCCACUUCCCCAGGGGGAGACUAUGCCCUGGGAGAUCUUUCUCAGCCCACUGUGGAUGAUGCCAGUCCUGGGGUCACUCCAGGGACUUUGCCCAGCACCCCAGUUGCCUCCUUCAUUGGAAUCCCUGACACCCCUCCAGGCUCUGCUCCCCUGGAUGCCCCCAUGACCCCAGUCACUGAUGAUUCACCCCAGAAAAAGAUGCUAGGACAAAAAGCAACUCCGCCUCCUUCCCCUCUGCUCUCAGAGCUGCUGAAGAAGGGCAGUCUCCUGCCCACAAGCCCCAGGCUGGUCGGCGAAAAUGAAAUGGCAGUGGCUUCUGGUCACAUGAACAGUGCAGGAGUCCUGCUGGAGGUAGGAAGUGUCCUUCCAGUGCUGCACAGCGGGGAAAUGCAGUCUGCAUCUGGUGCUGUCCCUGCAUCUCCUGCUGCUUCAGGUGCUCCUACGCUUUCCCGGCUUUUAGAAGCUGGUCCUGCACAGUUCACCUCACCUCUUGCUUCCUUCUCCGCUGUUGCCAGCGAACCUCCAGCUAAGCUCCUGCCACCCCCCGUAGAGCCUGUGUCCCAGGCAACCAUUGUCAUGAUGCCCACGCUGUCAGCACCAUCCGUUGUGCCACCAGCUGCAGCUCCAGAAAGCGUAGCCACAGUGAACCAGCCAGAAGCCUGUGUUGCCAUGGAGGCAGUGUCUGAUUCCCAUACCGUGACAGUGUCCAUGGACAGCAGUGAAAUAUCCAUGAUCAUUGAUUCCAUCAAGAAAGAGUGCCUGGGUUCUGGGGCUGGCAGCACUGCAGGGUCUUCCAAAGAUCACUGCAUUGAUGGGAAAGAAGACCUGGAUUUGGCUGAGAAAAUGGAUAUUGCAGUGUCCUAUACGGGGGAAGAGCUGGACUUCGAUACUGUUGGAAAUAUUAUAGCAAUCAUUGAGGACAAGGUAGACGACCACCCCGAAGUCCUGGAUGCAGCAGUUGUUGAAGCUGCUCUGUCUUCUUUCUGCGAAGAUGCUGAUGACCCUCAGACCCUGCCUGGCCCAUGGGAACACUCAAUUCGUCAGGAGCAUGAGAAACAGGCCCAGAUACCCCAAGUGUCUGUGACUGUGAAGCAGGAGAGACCAGAGUGUGAAGAGCCAGAGGCAAAGGGAAUUCGAGACCUAAUGAGCAUUGCCGAGCUGGGAGCAGAAAUAAAGACAGAACCUGUAGAGCAGGAGCAGAAUCAGCUGGGCCCUGAGGAAACCAUAUCAGCAUCUGCAAGAGUGACAGAAACACCAGAGCUUAGAAGUCAAGAAAUGGAAGAGGAUCCAAGAACAGCUGUAGCAGCAGGAGAGACUUCUGAAAUCGAGAUAGAAUCGGUUAAGGGAGAAGACACCAUGCACAAUACAGUGAAGACGGAGACCCCACCUGAUGAUGAUUCAUCCCCUCCACAAGUCCCAAAUGUGAGUGAAGACUCCUCACAGGCUGAUGUUCAGCACAAAUUUGAGCUGUCAGAGUCAAUGAAGGAGGAGGCCCACGUCCUCUUUAGGAGUCAGAUGAAGGAUGGGCAGGCUGAAGAGGAUGAUGAGGAUGGUGCCAGUGAGGCUGCCAGUUUGGAGGAACCCAAAGAAGAAGAUCAGGGUGAGGGAUAUCUAUCAGAGAUGGAUAACGAACCCCCCGUGAGUGAGAGUGAUGAUGGCUUCAGUGUCCAUAACGCGCCUUUACAGUCUCACACGCUAGCCGACUCCAUCCCCAGCAGCCCAGCCUCCUCACAGUUCUCAGUGUGCAGUGAGGACCAGGAAGCAAUACAGGCCCAGAAGAUCUGGAAGAAAGCCAUCAUGCUGGUUUGGAGAGCAGCAGCUAAUCAUAGGUACGCCAACGUCUUCCUGCAGCCUGUAACUGAUGAUAUAGCACCAGGCUACCACAGUAUUGUGCAAAGGCCAAUGGAUUUAUCUACCAUCAAGAAGAACAUUGAGAAUGGGCUGAUACGAACCACAGCUGAGUUCCAGCGUGAUAUUAUGCUGAUGUUUCAAAAUGCAGUUAUGUACAACAGCUCUGACCAUGAUGUGUACCACAUGGCUGUGGAGAUGCAGCGAGAUGUCCUGGAGCAGAUCCAGCAAUUUCUGGCCACACAACUGAUCAUGCAAACAUCGGAGUCAGGGAUCAGUGCAAAAAGCCUGCGUGGGCGAGACUCCACUCGCAAGCAAGAUGCUUCGGAAAAGGACAGUGUCCCAAUGGGCUCUCCUGCCUUCCUUCUCUCUCUCUUUGAUGGAGGCACCAGAGGGCGUCGCUGUGCCAUCGAGGCAGACAUGAAGAUGAAGAAAUGAUCCUGCAGGCAGACAAAACUCCAUCCAGAGCUGGAGUGCAAGCAAGAUGCUGUUAACAGCUGUUGGAGGAGGAAGAAAAGCUGCAGGUCCAUUUCUGGGACCUGCUCCACCUUCUUCACUUGCGCCUCUGGAAAGCAGUGUCUCGUUGGAAUGUGUAACCCAAAGAAACUUCCCCAGAGGGGAAGACUAGCCCCCCUGCCUGUUUUAGGGCAGUCGUCUUGGGCUUCAUCAGUGUUCUGGUGUUAGCUAGCAACUGGUGGCUCGUAUGUACUGUAAUGUGAAGUGUACAGAUUUUUACUAGUGACGUGUAAAUGUGUAUGUAUAUUAAAGUCUGGGAACAAAUCCAGUGUACAGUGUGCAGUGUACUGAGCAUUGCAGCUCUCUGCAGGAGGAGCCCUGGUUUUGUGCAAGCAUGCACACCUGUCCUGCUUUUCUGCAAAUACUCUGCAAAUAACUCUUCCAGUUGCCUGUAUAGCACACAAGCAUGGCAGAGCUGUGACACUAGAGACAAUCCAUUAAUCGUGGUAAUGUUGUAUAGAUGGAGGGGGAGAUUCCCAACUUGAAUGUGUGAGAACAUGGCAAAGGAGAUCUAACCAUCAGAUGUUAAAUACUUCAGUCUUGUAGCUUCCCUUAGGAGACUGAUGUACUGAAAUGUACCCUACAUUCUUUCCCCAGAGGUGUGUAAAGGGUACACUAAUCAGCUGUGAUUCCAGCUGCCUGCCAGUACCUGGUUUCCACAUCCAGGCUUGUAAACUGUUUCUCUUUACUGGAAAUUGCAGGGUUUUUUUCUCAG